AGCUCACACCCAAAUGAAUCAACAUCAUUAGUUAUAUGGAAUCCAGCAAUGAUAAAUGAAUGAAAAACAAAUGCAAUAUGUGUAUAUGUAUACAUGAACCCCCUGAAAGACACAGGUUAAAUUGGGUAACAGAAGCAGAAGUCAUGAAAGGCAUGGCUCUUCCAAUUAUGGAUCGAAUUUAACCGCAUGGCGAUAUGAAGAGAUUCAAAAAGAAUCGUCAGUAUCGCUGGUUCUCUAAAAAGAAAAAUACUGAUAUGGAUGAUAAUCCGUUGACAGACAUUUUGGUUGUCCCUAACCAGAAUGUCAAUAAUAGCCCUGCUCUAAAUGAAGCAGUAUCCACUCAUGGCGGAGUCGAAAAUGAAAGCCCAAACCAGGGUAAACUGCACUCUGUCACUAUGGAAGACCCUAAUGAAUGGGAUGAUAAUCCGUUGACAGACAUUUUGGUUGUCCCUAACCAGAAUGUCAAUAAUAGCCCUGCUCUAAAUGAAGCAGUAUCCACUCAUGGCGGAGUCGAAAAUGAAAGCCCAAACCAGGGUAAACUGAACUCUGUCACUAUGGAAGACCCUAAUGAAUGGGAUGAUAAUCCGUUGACAGACAUUUUGGUUGUCCCUAACCAGAAUGUCAAUAAUAGCUCACAGCCAAAAGAAUCGACAUCCAUUACUUAUGUGGAAUCCAUCAAUGACAAGUCACACUCAGGAGAAUCAACAUCUAGUAUAUAUGUGGAAUCUAUCAGUGACAACUCACAGCCAAAGGAAUCAACAUCCAUUACUUCUAUGGAAUCCAUCAAUGACAACUCACAGCCAAAGGAAUCAACAUCCAUUACUUUUGUGGAAUCCAUCAAUGACAAACCAAAUACAGAAGAAUUGACAUAUGAAAAUUAUGAGGAAGCACCCAGUACCAUGACUUCAAUAUAUGAAUAUGGAUCACUACAUGUUGAUGGAGCUACAAGUGAAGUUACUGCCCAGUCAGACUUGAAAACAUCCCCAAGUGAACACAUCAGUGUAAGGUAA